AUGUCUUCUAUCACUACCUUCCCUGCCCCAUUCAGCGGCAAGUGGAAAGCCGGCCAUUGGCAGGCGCCGGGAUAUGCCGGCAAAGGGCCUCUACAGCGCCUGGCCCAUCUGAACGACAUGCUGGGCAAAGCUCACGACCACCACAUGGCCGAGAAGGCCAACAACCAGUUGGCUCUAGACGAGCUGCACACCACCAUGAACGCGCCGCCGUACGUCUGCGCAGUCUGGGUGGAGGAACAGUUGGCUGCCGCGGCGGCUGCUGCUGCUCUGUCCGAGGAGGGUAAGAAGGAGAAGGAGUGUCGGGAGGAGGGCUUCUCCUCAGUGACUCCAAGCUCUCUUCCAGAGCAAGGUGCUUCUGCGAGAUCCUCUGAGAGUUCGAACUGCCGCUUCUUGCAGUACCUGCAGCUGCUCGUGUCUUCUCAGAAGGCGCUACCUCCUCCCACUCUGGCAGAAGUAGAAUUUCUGCCUGAAAACCACAUCACCGACACCGCCCGUGCCAUCACGUCCCUCGCCCACACAAACGAAUACCCUAUCAUCCACAGGCCUGAUGAUGACGCCGCCCCGGUUGCUCUUGUCAACAUUCCAAAGGGCUCCACCAUAUACCGUGAGCCUGCUUGGCUCAAUCUGCCUUUGCCUCUCGACCCCACGGUCAUCCUCGCUCAGUACGACACCCUCUCUGCUAGCGAUCAGACACUCUACGACUCUAUGGGCCACAACACCAACACAAACUUCAUCAAGAAGAAGUUUCCUAACAUCGAGGAAACCCAUCCCGCUGUUGUGGAUUCAAGCACCAAAGAGCACGCUAUCAUCGCGACCUGGCUCACGCAUCAGGACCCUGGCGUACACCUUCCCAACGCCCCCGGCACCCGCAACCAGGACAACACGAGCAUCUAUGCGCACCUUCACAAGCACGUCCGGCCAUCUUGCGCUCCGAACUGCAACCUCGUCCGCGACGAGCGCUAUGGCAGCUUGGUCCUCCGUUCCGCCCGCGCCAUCGCCCGCGGCGAGCUGCUCACCUACUCCCCAAUCCCCGACUACCCUCUGCUCACGCAUGCCGCACGCGCGCGCAAGCUUGAGGACGAGAGAGGUAUCUCGAUGUGCGACUGCGACCUGUGCUGCCAGCUACUUCCUCCUGCCACUUCUUCUUCACCCGCCGGCGCAGAUGGCGCUGUCUCACCUGAUAACAAGAACGAAAAGGGCAAGGACGCCACCGCCGCCGAUAGCAACGCCAGCAGCACAGCCAACCCCGACGCCAUCCCGCACACAGCCCGCCUCAUCAUCGAAUCCCGCCGCCUCCAAGCCUCGUUCCACUGGGCCGCGUGGCGCAUCCUACGCCAGCCCUCCUGGUCCCCCUCCAGUACCCCCACUCCGUCGCCCGCCAUCGACAGCCGCCCUAGCGCACAAACAAUCGAGGCGCUCGCGCUGCAGGUAGACGAGCUUCUCGGUGGCCCCGAAGGCGGCGCCGUUAGCCCUGUCCAGGCCUGGUUCCGCUGCGACGCCUCGUACGCGCUGCAGGAGGCGGGCGACUACCGCGGCGCCGAGCGCUGGGCGCGGAUGGAUUUGGAGGCGGAUGCCGUGUUGUUGGGACUGGGCCAUGAGGGGUGUUGGGUUUCGCGGAUGAGGGUGGAGCAGGUGAGGGAGUUAGUGUAG